CAUCCCCUUAUCCGCUCCGAGCCAGUCGCGGGGUCGCGCUAAGGAUUUCGCCCAGCUCGCUCCCCUCCCCUUCCCCGCGCUGCCCACGGCAGCGCCCAACCCGUCCACCGCGGGCAGGAGGCGACACUAUGGCCUGCGCCGCCGCCGCCGCCGCCACGUACGCACACGCUCUCCCCUUGCCCCCUUCUCCUCUACCACAGCCACAGGCACAUCAGUUGGCGAAUCACAUGGCUCGCAUCGGAGCUGGGAGAGGACCCUGUCUGUGGAGGAGCGACAAGAGCUCGAGCAUUCUCGUCGGUUCCGCGCCCCUGCUUCCUUCGUCGCCGUCCGCAAACCGCCCCGCCCGGGGCACGAGGGCGCGCGCCUCGGAGCUGCAGCGGGCGCCCGGGACGGCCAUUGCCGCUGGUGUCGCGACGCACAAGGUCACCGUCCACGACCGGGAGCGCGGGGUCGUCCACGAGUUCGUCGUGCCAGAGGACCAGUACAUUCUGCACACCGCGGAGGCGCAGGACAUCAGGCUGCCUUUCGCGUGCCGCCAUGGUUGCUGUACUAGCUGCGCUGUUCGUAUAAAAUCAGGGCAAAUAAGACAACCUGAAGCACUUGGAAUAUCUGCUGAACUGAAAGAUAAGGGCUAUGCAUUGCUGUGUGUUGGUUUCCCGACUUGUGAUGUUGAAGUUGAAACGCAAGAUGAAGAUGAGGUAUAUUGGCUCCAGUUCGGGAGAUAUUUUGCACGAGGACCAGUUGAAAGAGAUGAUUAUGCACUAGAACUUGCAAUGGGAGAUGAGUGAGCUGUGCUCAAGAGGGGUACCGUCUUAGACGAUGUUUCUGCGGUUGGUAGCUUAUAGAGUCGCAAAGACUUGCAUCACAAGUGGUGGAAAGAAUUUUGUUUGCUGUGUUCACAGUUUCUCCAUGUUCUGCAACCUGUAUGGUAGCAGCCUGGCAUUUGCAAAUAUGCUUCUUGUAAAUGUAGCGAUGCCGUUUCUGAUUUUUCGUCUUAGUUGCCUCAAAUCCAUGUUCGUUAGUUGAACGACAAUUCGAACCGUGUGUAAAGUUGUAAACCGCCUGGCAUUCGAACUUGGGCGCAAACAAUGAUCACCGGGGCAAUGAGAUUAGGAAUGGCAUGGGGGACUGGAACUGGAAC